AUGUUUUCCUCAUGGAAAAUUGGCAAGAAAUUUAAUUUUGGAAGUAGCAAUAAUAACAAUACCAAUUCUGAAAGUAAUAAUAAUAGCAACAACACCGGCAACUCCGAAAAAAACAGCGAAUCAUCUCACAAUUUUUUACAUCACCACCACCAUCAUAAUCACCACCACAAUCAAAGUAAUGACAGUACUGGGAAAAGACUAAGCAAUAUUGUUGCAACUAACAACGAUUACGAUACAGGAAAUACCAAUAGCAGUAGAAAACAAACUAUUGUAGCCACUCCUACUUCUGUAGCACCUUCUGUUUCUAAUUCUAAUUUUACUGGUGUUUCUGCUAGGCCAUCUAUGGAUAGCACCUUUACCACCAACAGUAAUAGCACUGGAACAACGACCACUAGUAGUAGUACUGGUGUGUCCAAUGCUAACAAUAAUGGUGCUUCUUCAGCUAUUUCCACUUUUUCCAAUAAUUUUUCUUCAUCCUCAGUAAAUGUUAACAAAAGUAUUAAUGCUAACUUAAAUAAUCUUUAUGCAGAACAUGGUAGUACUAUAACAGCAGGUAAUAACAACAGUACUAAUAAAGUAGACCAUGCUUUAACCGACAAUAAUUCAAUUCCACCAUUGAAUUCCAAUGAAACUGUAGAACCCCGCAAUGAUAAUGAAUUAUUUAACACUCCCACAAGCACCUGUUUACGUGGUAUUAUGACCAUUAAAAUAUAUUCAGGUGAUAAUUUUAUUUUACCAUUUCCCAUUUCUUAUAACCAGCCUAUUUUAUCAAGAUUAUUAGAUUCCCAGCAAAAUCAAGUUUCCUUGUUAGAUAAUUUGAAUAAAUAUAUGGAAUCUUUAUCGUUAACUAAUAAGGAUGGCGAUAAAAAUGAUAAUCUUGGCGAUGUUUUAUUAAGUAACGACAAUUAUUCAAAUACUGGAGGUAUCAAUGUUGCCACAAACAAUAAUAACGCAAAUAUAUCAAAUAAUUUUGGAAAUAAUAUUAAUAACGACAGCAAAGGUGGUAAUUUUACUUCUGAUAAUCUGGAUGGUAAUAAUGGUAAUAUUUCUACAGCUAAUAAUAAUAGUAUUAAAGAUAAUAACAUGAACAUUAAUGACAGUAAAACCACAAAUAGCAAUAACGGUACUAGUAACGACAACAACGACGACAAUAACAACAACAACAACAACAACAACAACAACAACAACAGCAACAACAACAAUAGUGACAAUAAUGGGAAUAACAACAAUGUUAACGAGGAAAUUAGUGGCAACGUUGCAACAAAAUUUAUUCCAGCAACUAUUACGUUGCCAGGUUCUGCAGAAUUGAAUCCGUUAAUCUAUUUCACCAUUGAAUUUGAUAAUACUACUGCUACAAUUGAACCAGAAUCUGGUACAAUUUAUCAUCCGGUUUUUAAUAAAAUUAGUACCUUUGAUGUAACCAGACCUUUGCCAUUUUUAAAAAUUGAUGUUUUUUGCAGAAUCCCAUCUAUUUUACUACCACCAGACAUCUUACAGAAAAAAAAACGUUUCCCCAAUCAUGUUAGAGAUAUGUUGGAUAAAAUUAUAAACAACCAAGACAUUCAUUUGGACUCAUUCAAUCUACCAUUGAAUCUACAUUUUACUUCUCAAAGCAAUAUUAGAAUUUAUAACCAUAAAUGGAUUGUUUUGGAAGAAAAUAAAAGUAGAUUAAACAUUAGCAUAGAUUAUAAGCCAGUAACCUCCAAAAAAUUAUCCAUUGACGAUUUUGAAUUGUUAAAAGUCAUUGGAAAAGGUUCAUUCGGCAAAGUUAUGCAAGUACGCAAGAAGGAUACCAAUAAAAUUUAUGCUUUGAAAGCACUCAGAAAAUCAUAUAUUGUAUCGAAUUCAGAAGUUACACAUACUUUAGCAGAAAGAACAGUUUUAGCAAGGGUUAAUAACCCUUUCAUUGUUCCGCUAAAAUUUUCUUUCCAAUCCAGGGAAAAAUUGUAUUUGGUACUAGCUUUCAUUAAUGGUGGCGAAUUGUUCUAUCAUUUACAAAGAGAGGGGAGAUUCAGCUUGUCUCGUUCUAGAUUUUAUGCUGCCGAGCUAUUGUGUGCUUUAGAAAGUUUACACAGCUUAAAUGUGAUUUACAGAGAUUUGAAACCUGAAAAUAUUCUAUUAGAUUAUCAAGGUCACAUAGCCUUGUGUGAUUUUGGUUUAUGUAAGUUAGAUAUGAAGGAUAAAGACAAAACUAGCACUUUUUGUGGUACACCAGAAUAUCUAGCGCCUGAAUUAUUACUAGGUGAUGGUUAUACAAGGGUUGUUGAUUGGUGGACAUUGGGUGUCUUAUUGUACGAGAUGUUAACUGGGUUGCCUCCAUAUUACGAUGAAGAUGUUCCUACAAUGUAUAAAAAGAUUUUACAAGAACCUUUAAGAUUUCCUGAAGGAUUCGAUGAAAACGCAAAAGAUUUGUUGAUUAAAUUAUUAAAUAGAGAUCCAAAGAAGAGAUUAGGCUCUAGUGGUGCCGAACAGAUUAAACAACAUGUCUUUUUCAGUCAAUUAAGUUGGAAAAGAUUAAUGAUGAAGGGUUACAUCCCACCUUAUAAGCCACCUGUGGCUAAUGCCAUGGAUACCUCUAAUUUCGACUCUGAAUUUACUAAGGAAAGACCGGUGGAUAGUGUGGUUAAUGAUUAUUUAAGCGAAUCUGUCCAACAGCAGUUUGGUGGUUGGACUUAUGUAGGUAAUGAACAAUUGGGUAGUUCCAUGAACUAA